AUGCCAGUGCCUCAUCACUUCUUCCUCAGCCUGAAAAGCUUCACCUACAACACCAUUGGAGAGGACACUGAUGUCUUUUUUUCUUUGUACGAUGUCCGGGAAGGCAAACAGAUCAGUGAGAGGUUCAUGGUGAGGUUAAACAAGAACGGAGGCCCCAGGAAUCCAGAGAAGAUCGAUCGAAUGUGUGCACUUUUCACAGAUCUCAGCAGCAAGGACAUGAAGAGGGAUUUGUACAUAGUUGCCCAUGUAAUCCGAAUAGGUCGCAUGUUGCUCAAUGACUCCAAGAAAGGGCCCCCCCAUUUGCACUAUCGGCGCCCCUAUGGCUGUGCAGUGCUCAGCAUCAUGGAUGUGCUCCAGUCCAUCUCAGAAAUCAAGGAAGAGAAGGACUUUGUGCUCAAAGUUUACACGUGUAACAAUGAAAACGAAUGGUGCCAGAUCCAUGAAAAUAUCAUCCGCAAGUCCAGCACCAAAUACACAGCCCCCAGCUCCAACUAUGGACUUAUAAUAUCUCUUCAGCUUCUUCGUGGUGACAUGGAGCAGAUCCGAAGGGAAAACCCCAUGAUCUUCAACAGAGGCGUUUCUGUCACCAGGAAGCUGGGAUUUCCUGAUGUUAUAAUGCCAGGUGACAUCCGGAAUGACCUGUACCUGACCCUGGAGAAGGGGGACUUUGAAAGGGGUGGCAAAAGUGUGCAGAAGAACAUCGAGGUGACCAUGUACGUGCUCUAUGCUGAUGGAGAAAUCCUGAAAGACUGCAUCAGCCUGGGCUCGGGGGAGCCGAGCAGGAGCGCCUACCACUCCUUCGUGCUGUACCACAACAACAGCCCGCGCUGGGGGGAGAUCAUCAAGCUGCCCAUCCCCAUCGACCGCUUCCGCGGCUCCCACCUGCGCUUCGAGUUCCGCCACUGCUCCACAAAAGACAAGGGAGAAAAGAAGCUCUUUGGUUUUGCAUUCACCCCAUUGAUGAGAGAUGAUGGCACAACCUUGUCAGAUGAUAUUCAUGAGCUUUAUGUUUAUAAGUGUGAUGAGAACAGCACGUUCAACAACCACGCGCUCUACCUGGGGCUGCCCUGCUGCAAGGAGGAUUACAACGGCUGCCCCAACAUCCCCUCCAGCCUCAUCUUCCAGCGCAGCACCAAAGAGACCUUCUCAGUCUCCACACAGCUCUCUUCUACCAAACUGACCCAGAAUGUGGAUCUGCUUGCCCUGCUCAAAUGGAAAGCUUACCCAGAUCGAGUGAUGGAUAUUCUGGGAAGACUGAGACAUGUCAGUGGCGAGGAGAUUGUUAAGUUCCUACAAGAUAUUCUGGACACACUGUUUGUAGUUUUGGAUGACAACACAGAGAAGUAUGGUCUGUUGGUCUUCCAGUCUCUGGUGUUCAUCAUCAACCUGCUCCGUGACAGCAAGUACUUCCACUUCCGCCCCGUCAUGGACACCUACAUCCAGAAGCAUUUUGCAGGAGCUCUGGCUUACAAGGAGCUGAUCCGCUGUCUGAAGUGGUACAUGGACCGCUCGGCCGAGCUCGUGCGCCAGGACCACAUCCAGGAGGCCAUGAGAGCCUUGGAAUAUCUUUUCAAGUUCAUUGUCCAAUCUCGGAUCCUUUACUCCAGAGCUACUUGUGGAAUGGAGGAGGAGCAGUUCCGCUCCAGCAUCCAGGAGCUUUUCCAGUCCAUCAGAUUUGUGCUCAGCUUGGACAGCAGGAGCUCUGAGACUCUCAUCUUCACACAGGCCGCCCUGCUCAACUCGUUCCCUGCCAUCUUCGACGAGCUGCUGCAGAUGUUCACGGUGCAGGAGGUGGCGGAGUUCGUGCGGGGCACGCUGGGCAGCAUGCCCAGCACGGUGCACAUCGGCCAGUCCAUGGACGUGGUGAAGCUCCAGUCCAUCGCCCGCACGGUCGACAGCCGCCUCUUCUCCUUCUCAGAGUCCCGGCGCAUCCUGCUGCCUGUAGUCCUUCACCACAUUCACCUUCACCUACGACAGCAGAAGGAGCUGCUUAUCUGUUCUGGGAUCCUCAGUAGUAUCUUCUCCAUAAUCAAGACCAGUUCUUUGGAGGGAGAUGUCGUGGAGGAGGUUGAGAUGAUGGUGGAGAGCCUCCUGGACGUGCUGUUACAAACUCUGCUCACAAUCAUGAGUAAAUCGCAGUCUCAGGAGGCGGUAAGAGGGCAGCGCUGCCCGCAGUGCACAGCAGAAAUCACUGGAGAAUAUGUCUCCUGCCUUUUGUCUUUGCUCCGUCAGAUGUCAGACACUCACUUCCAGCACUUACUGGACAACUUCCAAAGCAAGGAUGAACUGAAGGAGUUCCUCCUGAAGAUUUUCUGUGUGUUUCGGAACCUGAUGAAGAUGAGUGUCUUUCCUCGAGACUGGAUGGUGAUGAGGUUGCUCACCAGCAAUAUCAUAGUUACAACAGUUCAGUACUUGUCUUCUGCCCUGCAUAAGAAUUUCACAGAAACGGACUUCGAUUUUAAAGUGUGGAACUCUUAUUUCAGCCUGGCAGUUUUGUUUAUCAACCAGCCCAGUCUCCAACUGGAAAAUGCCACGCCACCUAAGAGAAAGAAGAUUCUGGAUAAGUAUGGUGAUAUGAGAGUGAUGAUGGCCUAUGAGCUCUUCAGCAUGUGGCAGAACCUGGGUGAGCACAAGAUUCACUUUAUUCCGGGAAUGAUUGGCCCCUUUCUGGGUGUUACACUUGUUCCACAACCAGAAGUCCGGAAUAUCAUGAUCCCAAUCUUCCAUGACAUGAUGGACUGGGAGCAGAGAAAGAAUGGCAACUUCAAACAGGUGGAGGCUGAGCUGAUCGAUAAGCUGGACAGCCUGGUGUCCGAAGGAAAAGGUGAUGAGAACUACAGGGAACUCUUCAGCCUGCUAACCCAACUCUUUGGGCCUUAUCCCAGUUUGCUGGAGAAGAUUGAGCAGGAAACUUGGCGGGAGACUGGAAUCUCGUUUGUCACAUCCGUCACUCGUCUCAUGGAGCGUCUGCUCGACUACAGGGACUGUAUGAAAGGAGAUGAAACAGAAAACAAGAAGAUUGGCUGCACUGUUAACCUUAUGAAUUUCUACAAAUCUGAGAUUAACAAGGAGGAGAUGUACAUCCGCUAUAUCCACAAGCUGUGUGACAUGCACCUGCAGGCUGACAACUACACAGAGGCUGCAUUCACUUUGCUUUUGUACUGUGAGUUGCUUCAGUGGGAGGACAGACCUCUGAGAGAGUUCCUGCAUUACCCAUCUCAGUCAGAGUGGCAACGUAAGGAAGGUCUGUGCCGUAAGAUUAUCCAUUACUUCAACAAAGGGAAGAGCUGGGAGUUUGGCAUCCCUCUGUGCCGAGAACUGGCCAUCCAGUACGAGAGCCUCUACGACUACCAGAGCCUCAGCUGGAUCCGGAAAAUGGAAGCUACCUAUUAUGACAAUAUCAUGGAACAGCAACGCUUAGAACCAGAGUUUUUCAGAGUUGGUUUUUAUGGUCGAAAAUUCCCAUUUUUCCUGCGGAACAAAGAAUAUGUGUGUCGGGGCCAUGACUAUGAGAGGCUGGAAGCCUUCCAGCAGAGGAUGCUGAGUGAGUUCCCCCAAGCCAUUGCAAUGCAGCACCCCAACCACCCUGAUGACUCCAUAUUGCAGUGUGAUGCUCAGUAUUUACAGAUCUAUGCAGUGACUCCCAUCCCAGACAGUAUAGACGUGCUGCAAAUGGACCGUGUCCCCGAUCGCAUCAAGAGCUUUUACCGCGUCAACAACAUCCGCAAGUUCCGCUACGACAGACCCUUCCACAAGGGCCCCAAGGACAAGGAGAACGAGUUUAAGAGCUUGUGGAUUGAACGCACCACUCUGACCCUGACUCACAGUUUGCCUGGCAUCUCUCGUUGGUUUGAAGUGGAGAGAAGAGAAUUGGUUGAAGUAAGUCCUUUGGAAAAUGCCAUUCAAGUGGUUGAGAACAAAAACCAGGAGCUGAGGACACUGAUAAGCCAGUACCAGCAUAAACAAAUGCAUGGCAACAUUAAUCUUCUCAGCAUGUGUCUGAAUGGAGUGAUUGAUGCCGCCGUUAACGGGGGAAUUGCACGGUACCAGGAGGCCUUUUUUGAUAAGGAUUAUAUCACAAAGCACCCCGGAGACGCAGAGAAGAUCACCCAGCUCAAGGAACUCAUGCAGGAACAGGUCCACGUCCUAGGAGUGGGUCUGGCAGUCCAUGAGAAAUUUGUACACCCUGAAAUGCGUCCCCUGCAUAAGAAACUGAUAGAUCAGUUCCAGAUGAUGCGAUCCAGCCUGUACCACGAGUUACCUGGUUUGGAUAAGCUGAGCCCAGCCUGCUCUGGCUCCAGCACCCCCCGCAGCAACGUGCUGGUGUCCCACGGCCCCAUGAGCCCAGAGAGCAUCAAGCUGGUGCAUCGACACAGCCCACUGAACAUGCUUGGUUCAGUGCGACACUCCUCAUCCUCUCUGUCGUCGCACACCUCCAGUGAAACAGGAAACCUGGUUAUCCUGACAGACAGUUCUGUGGGGGAGACUGCUGAGGAUAUGUACCACAUGCAGGCUAGUCCUUCCACCUCCAGCCUGAGCUCCACUCACUCGGCACCAUCCCAGAUGAUUAACUCUGCCCCUUCCAGUGCUCGAGCGCUGGUGAAAGGUGCUGGAUUGACACCACUGGAGGCUGAAGCCCUCUAUUUACCCACAGAGCAGAUACAGCAUGGGCGGCAGCUGUGCAAGUUCCCCCACGCUGCCCCCACCCAUGUGCCUCAUCUCUGUCCUGGAGGGACCACCUCUAGAGAUAAGUACCGCCACUCUCGGGAGAUGAUGAUGCUGCUGCCAGCGCACCGGGACCGACCGAGCAGCGCCAUGUAUCCCGCAGCCAUCAUGGAAAAUGGACAGCCUCCAAAUUUCCAGCGCGCCUUGAUCCAGCAAAUGAUUGGACCGUGCAAACCUUGCAGUGAUCCCAACCUGUCUGUGGCUGAGAAAGCUGUGCCAGCAGCACCCAGUAGCUGGAGCCUGGACAGCGGAAGCCGAGAGGCGCUGCCAUUCCUGUCUGCCCACGCUGGGAGCAUCCUGGCCCCACCAGUGCCUCCCCGAAGCCUGCCCCAUGGACACUACUCACUGCACUUUGAUGCCUUCCACCACCAGCUCAGUGAUGCUCCUCCAGCACUGCCUGCACGAACGUUGCGCAAGUCCCCUCUUCAUCCUAUCCCUGCAUCGCCCACCAGUCCACAGUCUGGUCUAGAUGGCAGUAACUCCACUUUAUCUGGCAGUGCCAGCAGUGGUGUCUCUUCCUUGAGCGAGAGCAAUUUUGGACAUUCUUCUGAGCCACCUCCUCGCACAGACACCAUGGAUUCUGUGCCCAGCCAGGCCUGGAACACUGAUGAAGAUCUAGAGACACCCUACCUCCCUGUCAGGUACAGUCUCUCUGAGCCUGAUGUCCUGGAGUCGCUCAAAUCCCAGCCAUGCCGAAGCCACUCUGCUCCGUCUGGAGUCAUUCCUCAGGACAACAUGGACCCUCCUGCUUUACCCCCCAAACCUUACCACUCCCGGCUGCCAAACAUGGAGAACGAGGAGGGGAUGAUCAUUGAGGAUGAUGACAAACACCGCCCGCUGCACCGUAAAGUGGCCCAACCAGUGAGUGGUGGAAAGGAAGAGCAGGCCAGGGUGGCAUGGGAGCACGGCAUCAGCGAGCAGUAG